AUGCUCCGAGAAAGUCUUGAUACGCCCGAUUCCGAGUUCGUUUGCCAGGUUGCUACUUUUUUGACAAUCCUGAUGAUUGAGGGGGCGUAUUCUACAGAGGUAUACAGCUGGCGUUCUCAUUUCAAAGGAGCAGCUGCGCUAGUGAGCAAAAUGCUGCAUGGUCGAGAUUGGACCCAAUCGUCAGAUGCAUGGGUAAUAUCCCAAAGCCUUGCCCUAUCUCUGGAGAUUGCGCAGACCGGCCAUGUCGAUUCAGAACGACACGCUGGCCCUACUGGGAUGCUUUUGGAUGCUCUUUCCACGAGGAGCGACUUCGGCUACACCAUUGGGAGCCCUCGAGCUGCGCUUAAAGCAAUUUCAACACUACAGAGAGCUGACAGGGUGAAAGAUGAUGAUGGACUAGCAUUGGAUAACCUAGAGGUUGAGAUAUCUGAUGCAUUGCGGAUCUUGGACUCAAUGCAGGAUGAGGACGCGGAACAUCAAUCAAACUUUCACAAAGAGCAUUCACAGAGGAAUGAGCGGAUGGACUACCUCGCCAAACUUCAUUCACGGAUGUUUCUCAACGCAGUGUUCAUAUACUUAAAGCGACUCAAACCCGGUGUCACGCCUUCACAGGUCAGUAUAUACACUUCAUCCGUGCUGAAAGACAUGUCAACAUUUCUUGACAUGGAUGGCGGGAGCAUAUCGAUAUGGCCGGUAUUCGUCGCAGCAGUGGAAGCAUGCGCGCCAAGUGACCGGGAUUUGGUCCGGAGGUGGUUUGAAUUUUCUUCCCGCCUGGGGAUCGAGAACAGGGUCCAAGCCCGUCAGAUAAUCGAAAUGGUUUGGGAAACACGGGACUCAGUUGCUGAUGAGACGGGAUGCCCAGUAGAAGAAACUAUUGUAGAUUGGACUACGGUGCAGCAAGCCUUGGGGAUUGACAUCUUGCUACUUUAG